UACCUCCCAGCUGACAUCAGCCUGGCUGAUUGGGGUCGUAAAGAGAUCAUCAUGGCUGAGAAUGAAAUGCCUGGUUUGAUGGAGAUGCGAAAGAAAUAUGGUCCCACAAAGCCUCUCACAGGAGCUAAAAUUGCAGGCUGUCUGCACAUGACAAUCCAAACUGCUGUUCUUAUUGAAACUUUGACUGAAUUGGGAGCUGAGGUAUUUGUAAAUACUGUUUCUUACAUAUGGAUUGUAGAGUGAAUGUUAAAUUUUGAUAUAACUGAGCAAAACAAUUUCAGGUGCACUGGAACAUAUAAUCUACUAUAAAUCCUGGUCAUUGUUGACUUUUUCUGCGUCUAGUUGAAGACACUUGAGCAAGGGAAACAUCUCAAUGUAUAUCCACUCAAACAAUAGCCAAAAGCACACUAGAGAAGUGCUAUUUUUAUCAUUAUAAUUUCUUUUGUAUUUAAGAAUUGGUUCAUGCUUACGUUGCACAUAUUGAGUCAUGAAUACCCAUGGCAAGUUUGGAGAGCAUGAAACAAGUGCAAGAGUCAGAAAGCUUAGUUUUCUUCAUUGCUUUAGGAAUGAAUUAUCAUAAACUCUUAGGCUAAUUUCGUCUCCUAAAACUCUUAAAAGAGGUAUAUGGUCAUUAAAAGCUAAGUUUUUUGUUUUUCUCAUGAUGCAGUCAUGUGUGAUGCAGAUCGCGAUGUUUCAACUAAACGAAAUGUUGUGAUCUACAUCAGAUGUGACUACAUCAUGAGACAAACAAAAAACUUGGCUUUUAAUGACCAUAUACCUCUUUUAAAAGAGGUAUAUCUUUCAAAAAACUUGGCUUCUAUUGUUAUUCACCACAAUGAAUAACCAUAACCUUUUCUUUAUGGUCAUUUAUUUUUGUAACAAGUAUUGAUUAGCAAAUUUACUUUCAUUUUGAGCUUCAAAAGGUCUAUCUCAAUUGGAAUGGAAGGGAAAACUAUCUGUAGAGUUUUUUUUAACCUUGUGGGUAAACUUGAUGGGAACUUGCAGUUAAUGUGAAACCUAGCAUGUCAUGUUAUGUAUGCAUGGCUGUGCUUACAUUCCGCUUAGAAAUCAGGUAGGACUUGCAGGUGUGUUUUGUUGGUCAAGAUUUAUACUGACAAUACAGGUCUUUGCUGUCACAGGUUCAGUGGUCUUCUUGUAAUAUCUUCUCCACCCAAGACCAUGCUGCAGCAGCUAUCGCUAAGACAGGUGUUCCAGUGUAUGCCUGGAAGGGAGAGACUGAUGAGGAGUAUGUCUGGUGUAUUGAGCAGACCCUUGUCUUCCCUGAUGGAGAGCCACUGAACAUGAUCCUUGAUGAUGGUGGUGACCUCACCAACCUUGUUCACGACAAAUAUCCCCAGUUUUUGCCAAGUAUGUUAGAGGUUGAUUCAUGCUUCUUGAUAGAUAUGUAAUGGAUAAAAUUGCUACUUAGCACUGCAUGAAUAUUUUCACUUUGUCGGGUAAUAUUUUGGUAAAUUGAUGACUUAAUGAUUUGCCCAUAAUUGGACCUAAAUUGAACACCCUAAUAUCAGAAUGCAUAUUCUCCAUAAUGUUUUCUAUACAUUUCCAAAGGUGCUGACAAAGAGAAUUUGUUUAAAAAUCAAGAGCUUCUUUAGUUAGUGAUCAUUUCCUCUGUUCUCAUAACCUUUGUGGGUGAUUCAUGGGUGCUAUUGUAAGGAGAAGUUAGAUGCUAAUCAUUCUUAGUGGUCAACGGGAUAAGCUCUGGCUUUGAACAAGGUAGUUUUACAGCCCCUCCCCACAUGAAAAGAGUGUGAAUGAGCACCAGCAAAUUUUUAGGGAAAUCUAUCAAAAUUCUGGGAAUAAAGUGUUCUGAUAUUUUUUAGAAGCCAGCAUCGAAUGAACAGUACCUGGCAAAGGUUAAAAUUUAUGUCAGAUCACCAUAGGCUUUUAUUGCUUUGUCUGCUUCAAGUAGCCAGCAAAAACACUGGCUGCUGAUGCUUCUGAAGACCACUGGGUAACCUUUGAUAGUCUAAAAUCUCACUCAGAGUAUGUAACUAUCCUGCCAGUUUCCAUGUGUAACUUGACCCUUUCAUUCCCAAGAUUACGAUAUAUUUUUUCUCUGAACUGUUUGUAAUCGAUUUCUGAUAAUUUUUGUAUGAAUAAUUUGGUGCUAAUACAAAUAAUAUUCCUUAAUUUUUUUUCUCUCUGCCUCUCUGUUUGUAUAAAUAUUUAUACACUGUAAAGAGAAAUUCCUCCUUCUGUCACUCUGGGGAGUGAAAGGAUUUAGUUGGAAAAACUCCAGUAAAGAGACUCGCUUAGCUCCUGUGCUGAUUCUUAUCUCUGUUUGUGUGAUUAAACUAUUAAUUGUUUUACUUUAGAAAAGUUAACUUACACGAUAUACAAUUUUUAUAUUCCAGAAAUCAAGGGACUUUCAGAAGAGACCACGACUGGUGUACAUAACUUGUACAAAAUGCUUGAGCAAGGCAAACUGAAGGUGCCAGCCAUUAAUGUCAAUGACUCUGUUACCAAGAGCAAAUUUGACAACCUGUAUGGAAUCCGUGAAUCUCUUGUUGACGGUCUGAAGAGAGCAACAGACAUCAUGCUUGCUGGAAAAGUCUGUGUUGUAGCUGGAUAUGGAGAUGUUGGCAAAGGAUCAGUACAGUCUCUCCGUGGUUUUGGUGCUCGUGUUCUGGUCACUGAAAUUGAUCCCAUCAAUGCCCUUCAAGCUGCCAUGGAAGGUAAAGUAUGCAAAAGAUAUGCAACUUGUCAGCUUUCUGUAAAGAAAAGAGAGUACUUGCUGGGUAUUGUGUUAUUGGAAAUUGCGGCUGAAGUUUUCUUAAACUGAUAGAAACCACAAUAAAUAAAAAUUUUCAUUUGGAUACAGUGUAAUUCAACAUUAGAAAGUUCUGUAAGAAUGCUUGUCAGCCUAGGUGUUGUGGUUUUUUUUAGUGUUAAAGCUGUUAGCAAGAGUUUAAACGUGGAGAUGCAAGUAGAAUGCUCAUACUAAUAAUGAAUAACAAUGAUUAAGUGUUUUGAUAUGCUGUGUGUUGCCCUUGUUUGAUUAACAGGAUACGAAGUUGUUACCAUGGAAGAAGCUGCCUCACAGGGACAGAUCUUUGUCACAUCAACAGGAUGUAGUGGAAUCGUCACUUCAGAACACUUCUUGAAGAUGAAGGAUGAUGCCAUCAUCUGCAAUGUUGGCCAUUUUGAUUGUGAAAUUGAUGUUGCAUGGCUCAAUGAAAACUGUAAAAAGGACAACAUCAAACCUCAGGUACAAAGCAUCUUCUGUGACUCUCUUCAUAACUAAGAUGCAAAGCCAGAUUUACCAGUAAUGUUAAAAAAAAAAGAAAGAAAAAGACAUGAAAAAACCGUAUCACUCCCAAGGUCUGAUGAGUAAUUAUCCUUGCUGUCUACCAUUUAAUUCUUAUGAUACUUCUUCAGAGAAUUUAGUUGUCUAUCAACUAUUGAUUCUCCAAUUUAUGUUUUCAUUUAUUCUAUCACUUUUCUGCUUGAUAUUGUACCGAUAUAGUAAGGAGAAAUUCUGUCUCGGUCACUUUUGGAGGGAAAGGCUUAACUGAUGAACCACAGUGGAAAUGGAAAUCACACUGAUAUGAACACUGCUCCAAUUUAGGUUUCCUAGUUUGAACUGUUGACCCAAGAUUCAAGAUUUCAUUUCAUUUUACAUUAGGUUGACCGUUACGCCCUCCCCAAUGGUCGUCACAUCAUCCUACUUGCUGAGGGCCGUCUAGUAAAUCUUGGCUGUGCCAUGGGACAUCCAUCAUUUGUCAUGAGCAACUCUUUCACAAACCAGGUCAUGGCUCAGAUUGAACUUUGGGAGAAGACAAGUGAAUACAAAAUUGGUGUUUACAUGCUUCCCAAGAAGGUGAGAGAAUCUCUGGCAAGAUACUUGAUGAUGAGCUUUAAAGGUCCAUGAUUGGUGAUUCUUUGAAAGGCAGAACCACUCUUGUUAUGAUAUUAUUCAUUUCCCUGAUAAUUUUGUAUCCCUUUUGCAUCAAAGAUCUGCAAGCCACAUAAAAUUCUCCCAACAUUUACUUAUCAGGUCUCUUUGUACACACAUGUGAAUGCUACAUAUGUAUCUCUUGGCUGUUGUCCUGACUUGUAUGACCAAUAUUGUUGACAGGGUUGUAAAAAUGCAAUAUUGUCAAGAAAGCUGGAUUGCUGAUUGCAUCUGGGUUGAGAGAUUUCUAAGUUUUGAGAGUUAUGAAAAGUAGUUGAGCUCACUUACAUUAAUUGAACUGCAAAAGGGAAUGUAGGUGUGGAAAUGUCUGAUUUAUCAGAUUUGGAACUCUCAUUCCCAUGGUUUAGUGGCAUAAAAUAACCCACACAAGUCUUAGGAGAAUGCUAAAAAAGUUUGUACCAUACUCUUGUCCGAAGAGUGAUGCAUAAACUUUUUCUGUGUUCUUCCAACAUCUUGCCAAGAGUUAUUACAUUGAUUAAUGGAAUGGAAAGGGCAGUCUGUUGCUUUUAUAAAAUAACUAUAGGACAGGUUUUUGACCAAUGAGAGUGCCUGUAGUAUCUCAGUUAUACAAUAAUAAUUUUUAAAUGCAUACAUUUUAAUUGUCUUUCUAGCUUGAUGAAGAAGUUGCCAGGUUGCAUUUGGACCAUCUGGGAGUUAAGAUGACCAAGCUUAGUGACAAACAAGCCAAUUACUUGGGAAUACCCUCUGAUGGACCUUACAAACCCUCUCACUACCGCUACUAA